AUGAAGUUUACUUCUAGUAAAUUCAAGAUUUCCACCCCACCAAAAGCAUACAUGAUAUAUUUUAUAUCACCUGAUAGUUGGGAUAUUUUCUGUGUUUUCAAUGUUAGGAAACAACACUUGCUUUUUCACUGUACAGAUAAAAACACAGAUUUCCCUCAGAAGGUAAAUACCAGCAGUCUGACAGGAAAUAAUUAUAAGUGCUCAAGUGACUGGUUGUUGAACCAAGGGAAAUGUUACUGGUUUUCAACUUCUUUUAAAACUUGGAAGGAAAGUCAACAUGAUUGUGAAAAGCUACAAGCGCAUUUGCUCGUGAUUCAUGAUUUGAAGGAACUGAUUUUCAUACAAAACACUAUAAAACCUGGACAUCUUGGUUGGAUUGGAUUACACAUUACAUCUGAAGGAAACCUUUGGACGUGGAUAGAUGAGCACUUUUUAGACCCACAAUUGUUUUUGGUGAUUGGACCAACUGAUGAGAAGAGUUGUGCCAUCAUGACGGGAAGUCAAGUGUAUUCAGAAGACUGUAAUUCCAGAUUUAAUGGCAUCUGCCAAAAAGAUACUGUCUAG